UCAGCGCUCGGGCCAAUGGCGCUGCUCCGGCGCCUCACGCGCUCCUACCACAACCGCUUCCCCGCGCAGUCAGAGUCCCCAGACCCGGAGCUCGCACAGUCUGUCAGCUGGGAGGGCUCGGGAAUGGCCGGCGGCGGUUGGUGCGUCCCGGGCACGGUCCUCCGGCUCCUCCUCCUGCUCUCGCUCCUUCCCCGGCCCGCGUACCUCCGGCUACUCGGCCUCCGCCCGGAGGACACGGCCAACGGCCGGGUAUCCCUGGAGGACGGCACGCUGCGGGCGGCCGAGGGGACCCGCUUCACCCUGCGCCUGUACUUCCAGCCCCCGCUGCCGGCCCAGCUGCAGCACCCCCCGCCCUCUAACGACAGCGGCGGCGGCGCCCCCCGGCUGGUCUUCAUCGAGGAGCCGCGUCCUCCGGGAGCCGCCGCGGGCGACCCGUGCCACGACGAGUCCUCCUGGGCCUCGGGGGUGGAGGUGCUCGGCCCCCUGCAGCCCUCCUCGUCCCCCGGCGGCUCGGCGGUGGUGGAAGUGCGGGCCCGGCAGCUGCGGAAGGGGGAGCGGGGGAAGCGCUUCUCCCUGUGCGCCUAUGACGGGCGGCAGUGGGAGCACCACGGCGGGCGGCAGUUCGCGCUGGAAGUGCGGGAGGCUCCGGAGGGGACGCCGGCCUGGCUGCGGGCGCUGGUCUCGCUGCUGCUGCUCGCCGCCUCGGCCCUGUUCAGCGGCCUGCGCCUCAGCCUGCUCUCGCUGGACCCGGUGGAGCUGCGGGUGCUGCGGAACGGCGGCUCGGCGGCGGAGAAGGAGCAAGCGCGGCGGGUGCAGUCGGUGCGGGGCCGCGGCUCCUACCUGCUCUGCACGCUGCUGCUGGGCAACACGCUGGCAAACGCCGCCCUGGCCGGCUGGCUGUGCGCCUCCCUACCCGCGGAGCCCGGCCUGGCCGCCCUGCUGUGCGCCGGCUGCGUCUUCCUGGGCGGCGAGGUGGCGCCCUACUCGGUGUGCUCCCGCCACGGCCUGGCCCUGGCCGCCCGCGCCGUCUGCCUCACCCGCCUGCUCAUGGCCGCCGCCUUCCCCGUCUGCUACCCGCUCAGCCGCCUGCUGGACUGGGCGCUACGCCAGGAGAUUAGCACCUGCUACACCCGCGAGAAGCUGCUGGAGAUGCUGCGGGCGGCCGACCCCUACAACGACCUGCUCAAGGAGGAGCUGAACAUUAUCCAGGGCGCCCUGGAGCUCCGCACCAAGGUGGUGGAGGACGUGCUCACCGGCCUGGGCGACUGCUUCAUGCUGCGCUCCGACGCCGUGCUGGACUUCGCCACCGUCUCCGAGAUCCUGCGCAGCGGCUACACCCGCAUCCCCGUCUACGAGGGCGACGACCGGGCCAACAUCGUCGACAUCCUCUUCGUCAAGGACUUGGCCUUCGUGGACCCGGACGACUGCACGCCGCUGCAGACCGUCACCCGCUUCUACCACCGCCCGCUGCACUGCGUCUUCAAUGACACCCGCCUGGACGCCGUGCUGGAGGAGUUCAAGAAGGGUAAAUCUCACCUAGCCAUAGUCCAGCGGGUCAAUAACGAAGGGGAAGGGGACCCUUUCUAUGAGGUAAUGGGAAUUGUUACCUUGGAGGAUAUCAUAGAAGAAAUCAUAAAGUCAGAAAUCCUAGAUGAGACAGAUCUGUACACCGAUAAUAAAAAGAAGGAAAGAAUCCCUCACCGUGAGCGGAAACAACAUGACUUCUCCUUAUUCAAACUGUCAGAUAGUGAGAUGAAGGUAAAGAUUUCCCCUCAGCUUCUGCUGGCAACACAUCGGUUUAUGGCAACAGAGAUUGAGCCUUUCAAAGCUCCUUUUUUAUCGGAGAAAAUUCUUCUACGACUGCUAAAGCAUCCACAUGUGAUCCAAGAAUUGAAGUUUGAUGUGAAAAAUAAAAGGUCCUCUGAACAUUACCUUUACCAACGCAAUAGACCAGUGGAUUAUUUUAUUUUAAUACUGCAGGGUAAAGUGGAAGUAGAAGUUGGCAAAGAGGGAUUACGUUUUGAGAAUGGGGCAUUUACAUUUUAUGGAGUGCCUGCUAUCAUGACAACAGUUUCCUCUGGGCGGAGUACGAAAUCACCGGAACGGCAGGCACCCAGUGACAACGAUGUCCGAAAGGUUGGAAGUCUGGCCGGAUCAUCCUUCCUCUUACCAGUGUCUGUAUCUCGUACCUUCGCUUUCAGUAGAGGGGAAUCCUUGGCCGGCUCUCCAGUAAACAGAUCCCCUUCUCGCUGCAGUGGUUUAAAUCGUUCUGAAUCCCCAAAUAGAGAACGUAAUGACUAUGGGGGCAGCACAAACCAGCUGAGCAACAGCAACAACAACCUCUACAUACCUGAUUACUCUGUGCACAUCCUCUGCGAUGUCCAGUUUAUUAAGAUCACACGACAGCAGUAUCAAAAUGCAUUGACAGCUAGCCGUAUGGACAGUUCUCCGCAGUCCCCAGAAAUUGAAGUGUUCAGUGACGGUGACUCCACCAAAACAACAAAGUAUCAUAGAGUGUCUGAGUCUCCAAAAGAUGACACUGUCACCACCUUAAUGAAUGACAGAAAUUGCAACUUAGCUUGCAGCAGAUCAGACGGUUCAAAAAGUCCAAAUGACUCUGUGUUUCUACACAUGGAUGAAAUCCCUCAGAUAAAGGAAGAGCUGGCAGACAUGGAUAACUGUGUAAACAACGCCGGCUCUUGUGGCGUUACCCUGGACACAGAGCACCCCAGUAGUGACGUGAUCCCCAGCUCAGCAUUGAACAGUGGAGAGGAGACGCUUGGCAAGAAGCUACUGAGAACAUUGAGUGCCAAAUCCAGGAAAAAAUCAAGGGAUGCUGAGAAAAGUCCAGAAGAAAGUUCUGUCCUGCACCUAAUCACCUGAAGAGUAACGGUGAAGACCAAUGCUACAGUGGGAUUACUAAAGGGAGCGUCACAGGUUCCUUAUCUGUUCGUGACUGGAUGAGCCCCUUGUAAUCCGUGCCCUAUGCACUUAUUUUCUACAUGUAGUGUCUGUAAACUGUGAAAGUAUGAAAUGCAUACCUACUGCAGAUGUGGCAAAUGUUGUACCUGCUGAGCAUACACAAUAACACUGGGCCUCAUUCAGAUGCAGUGGCAAAACGGCUGAAGUACACAAGUUGGUCGAUGUUUCCUUACUGCGCAUACAUCUGAGCUGCAUUGCACACGCGCAGUGAUUGAAUCGCAACAAGGGAUUAGUCACAGAGUGAGUGACAGGUAGACAGUGUUUGGGGGUGGUAACGGGGAAUGGUCAGGUAAACGCAGGCAUGUUGUGGCUGUUCAGAUGUGGUUUUCUGGGCGUGCAUAAAUUAGCAGCUGAAAUCUCACUUUCUACGGGAGAGCCCUCUGCGUCCCAGGAGACCUGCUCAGCCUGCGCAUUGUCAGAGGUACUCAGAAUCUGCGACAAUGGUAUCGAUGUUUUAGCAGUUAUACGCCUAUCGGAUGGAAACGAGGAGGCAACAGUGGGUGUUCCUAUGCUCAGGUUAGCUACGGGGCAUAUUAGCAUAUAGAUGCAAUUGCAGACGGCAAGCGUUGGCAACAGUAAAUCUCAACAACCACAUCUGAAUCAGGCUCAUUAUGCAAUGUUCUAAGUAUGGAUUUCUCAGACAACAUGUAAAGUGCACCUCUCAUCCACAGACAGUGGUGGCAGCUGAAUAUGGAGCUGGUCUGUUCCCUAGGAUUGGCUGCAUCUACUGUGUGUAAGAGACGUGUACCCAUUAACAGGCAGAGUCUUAAUCUCUACAUUACAAUUCUCCUACUAAACUUUUAGCCAAAUUUCUUUUGUAUGGUUUAAUAGAUAGGGAAUACAUUGAGGGACUAGUAUCUAUAUAAUAUGUGAUAUCACACAUUCAGAGCAUUAAGAAUGAGGGAACAUGCGCUAUGGUUGAUUAGAGGAAGGUUCCUCAUUUUCCCAGUAAGGAGGAGAUGUGUGGAAAUGACCGAUAUUGCUCUAAUUCUGUAAAACAUGUUAAUGUUUUAUGAAAGAUGUAGCAUUUGCAGAAGGCCUUGAACCCAAGCAUUAAGUUUAAGCACAUAACAUAUGUUCUUAGAGCCCGUUAAACACGCGUUGCCACCGAUAGUAUGAAAUUAUAUAUAUGUGUACAUAUGCAGUAUAUAAUGUUUUUUUCUACUACAUUUUGUUUCACUAAAGAAAAGCAACUGGAUUGUUAUAGAUUGAAUAAGCUAUGUGGAUGACAUGAAGGUUAUUUUAACUAUAGAUUAUAUUUUUAUAAUCUAAAUCGAUUCAGUAUUUACACAAAUCUUAAUAUGACUUAAGGCCCAUAUAGACGGGAGAGAUGUGUGCUGAGCGAACCGCUCAGCACAGCGCGAUGUGUGCUAAGCGUGCGGGGGGCGCUCAUUUACCCAACGGGUGAAACGAGAGACGUGCUAGAUUGGCCUGUGUGCAGGCCAAUCUAGCACCGGCGAUAGCGAUGUGCGGGGCCGCGCAUCGCUAUCGCUGUGGGGGGUACACACGAGUGAUCUGUGCUUAAAAUCUAAGCAAUCUAGAUUUUAAGCAUGGAUCUCUCCGUGAGUACCCCCCUUAAGAAACAAAUGGGUCUAUUUACUAAGCCCUGGGGGGGAUGUAGUAGGGUGUGAGAAUUAGGAAGUGAGAUUUUGUGAGAGGAUUUCCUGUUUGUUUGUUUUUUUUAAAGUGGUUUUGCCAUGUGAAGUAUUGCCACUUUAAAAAAAAGAGGAGAACUCUCACACCCUAUGACAUUUCCCCCAUGGAUGGAGAUAAAGUACCAGCUAAUCAGAUCCUAACUGUCAUUUUUCAAACCCAGCCUGUAACAUGUUAGGAGCUGGUUGGCUGGUACUUUAUUCUCCUUUCAAGGCUUAGUAAAUAGACCACAAUGUAGGUUAAGGCUAUUUGAUAGUGCUUGGCGUUCUGCACUCCAUAGAGUGGAUCUUGAUGUAUGUGACGCUUUCAUAAGGCCAAAGGUUUCCUUUCACUUCUGAUACAGUGAAUGAGCACAUUACUAUCCUGCUUGAUUAACUUUUCUCUGCACCAUCUCCUUUUACAUUGUAAAACCAGUUGUUGCAACUUCUAAUGCAUUGUGCAGCUUGAAACACAAGACAGCAGGUAUUUGCUUCACCUGUAAUCUCUGCAUUUCCACAAGCUGGUGGCAUUAUAGUUGGAGAACAGGGGGUAUGGUGACUGACUGCAGUAUUUUAUUUAUUACACUUUGCACUUUCCUUUCCGUUUGGUCUUUUCCACAGAAACUAACAGGAAAUGGAGACAGCGCGUUUCACCAGAGCCAGCUGCAUGCAAUUGCUGGUGACAUCCAGUCUUCAACUGAUCGCACAAACCAAGAGUAUCGUAGAAGAAUUUAUUUAUUUUCAUAAAUGUAUUUGUUUGAAUUGCGGGUCUUAAUUUAUUGUACACAUUUCAAAAUGUAUAUUUAUUUUGAAUAAGAUAUAAAAUGAAGAAGGAAAACCUGUUUGAUAUUUAA